AUAUUUCCUCAUAUUUUAAAAAAUACUAUUUGGCGGUCUCCGGCCGCCUUGCCGUUUCGUGCUACAUGGUUUGCAAUUCCCUCCAUUAGCCGUUCAAAAAGCAGUUACGAAGCGACACUAAAACGGUUACAAAGCCAUCUCUGCCGUCGUCCUUUGCUCUCACUGUGCAAAUUCUGCGUUAUUUCUUUCUUUUCUUCGACAAUGGCGAGGUUCAACUUGGAAGGCGACGAGAUUAAACCACUAACAAUCUGCUUGAUUUCCGGUGGCUGCUUCAUUGGAUCACACCUCUGCGAGAAGAUCUUGGCUGACACCUUUCACAAGGUCAUAGUUGUCGAUGUUUACACUGACAAGAUCAUCCAUCUCUUUAACAGGUCUUCCCCAUGGCUUGACCGCAUUGUUUUCCACAACGUCGACAACAACGCUGAAUCAUCUCGCCUCGAGCCAUUUAUGCAGAAAUCAGAUAUUAUUAUCAAUCUUACGUCAAUCAACCACCCAGCAGAUUACAAUACCAGGACAAUGGAUACAAUUUACUGCAACUUUAUUGAUGCAGUUCCAGUGGUUAGAUACUGUACUCGGAAGAAGAAACGUUUGAUUCAGUUCUCUUCCUGUGAAGUUUAUGGAAAGACUAUUGGGAGCUUUUUAACAGAAGAUCAUCCUCUCCGAGAGGACCCCAAAUUUUAUGUUCUCAAAGAAGAUGAGUCUCCAUGUAUCUUAGGCCCAACUGAGAAAAAAAGAUGGGCCAACGCCUGUGCAAAGCAAUUGAUUGAAAGGCUAAUAUAUGGUAGAGAAGUUAACUGUUCCAUUUAUGUUUUUCUUUUAUUUGUUCUGUUUGUUACAUUGAGUUUAACAUUACACCUGAGUAGCAAUGCAGCUGAGAGUGCUAAGUUUGGCCUUGAGUUUACCAUUGUAAGGCCUUUCAAUUGGAUCGGUCCAAGAAUUGACUAUAUUCCUGGCAUUGAUGGCGAACGUCGGGGAGUCCCAAGGGUUUUUGCUUGCUUCAGUAGUAAUCUCUUGCGUGGAGAGUCACUAGAACUUGUUGAAGGUGGACACUCCAAAAGAACUUUUUGCUAUAUCAAGGAUGCAAUUGAGGCUCUUCUUCUAAUGAUUGAAAACCCCGAGAAGGCAAAUGGGCAUUCUUUCAAUGUGGGCAAUCCAAACAAUGAGGUUUCAAUGAAAGAGCUGGCAAACCUGAUGAUAGAGGUGUAUGCAAAUGUUUCUGGUCAGCCUGCCUCUAACUUUUCAACAGUUGAUGUGAGCUCAGAGGAUUUCUAUGGCAUAGGCUAUGAUGACUGUGAUAGGCGCAUCCCUGACAUGACUCUUAUUCACAGGCAACUUGGCUGGAUUCCAAUGACUUCUCUUCAAGAAAUCCUGGAAGUUACACUAAGAUAUCAGCAUGAAACAUAUUCCGAGGCAGUCAAGCACGCAACUUCAGAAUCUUAAGUCCUUUCUCGCUUCAUACAGAAAAUCCAUUUUUUUUCAUACAAAAAUUACACUGUUAAAACAGGCAUUUGUAUGAAAUACAAUCACUGUAUCUAUGUUGUAUAUGAAACUUGACAGAUAAAAAGUGAUGUUCAUAGGCAAUGAUUUUUCUGAUUCAAAUCCUUUGUUGUAGAACCGAACUCCAAUGAUUUUUCUGUACAUCCAAAUUCAAUUCACAUUGUUGGACUCUUACC